AGAUUCUAGCUGAGACAAGGGUCGCUACAACUGCUGUGUAAGGCCAUUAAUAAUCAAUAUCCAAACGUGAGCAGCUUUUUUUCUUCCAAGAGUCCUUAAUAGGACAGAAUAGUACCUACAGUUCCAGAACAGUGCUAACUAUGUAACAGUAAGGUUCAAAAUAAAACAUGACACAAAAGUCAAAAAUAGGCUACUGUUACAACUGAGUAACAUGACACUAGCAUGCUCAGGUCUCAGAGGUGGAGGCAUAAUAGGCACUUGGAUGAUGAGACCCCCCAGGCUAUUCAUAGCUCUUUUGUUCGAUUUUAAGACCAGUUGUCAUGAGCCAGUGCUUGUGCUUCAUUCCUGUCCACAAUCACACGCUGCAGCCGAUGAGAAAGGAUGUGGAAGAGAAAGAAAGAAUGGUUGAUCAAACCUCCCAUGGAGUACCCUCUGGAAACAAAGUACAGGCCUGUGCUCGAGAGCAUGAUCCCCACAGAUCCCAUGAGCAAGCUCAAACUGAAGAGGGGUUGUCCCAAAGAAGAGUUCCCUAAUCUGGAUGGAAACUACACCUGCAUGGCCCGUGUGCUUGAUCUACACAUGUACACACGCCAGUUCAACCGGGCCACUGAGACUGGAGUCAUCUUUGAUGACAUCAUUCGUCCAGGCCUGGAAGACAAAGGAACGAGGACAGGGCCCUUGACUGUGGGCUGUUUAGCUGGUGAUGCCCAAUCCUACAUUCUCUUCUGUGACUUUUUCGAUCGCGUCAUUGAAGCCUACCACAGCUACAAGGUGCUUAGUCACGUUACACAAAAGAGUGACUUCAAUUAUGACAACCUCAAGGGAGGUGAUGACUUUGACCAAGCGUAUGCUGUGAGCUGUGAAGUGAGCGCUUCCCGCUGCAUUGAGGACUUCAGCUUCCCCACACACUGCAGCCGAGGGGAGCGGAGACAGCUCCUCACACUGGCCAAAAAAGCUCUCGACCAACUUGGUGAAGAACUCCCAGGCAAGCUUUACUCAAUGGAGGAGCUAAACCAAGAAUCAGAAGAUAAGGGGCUGAUCCUGGAUGUCCCGUCUAGUACAUUAAUGAAGAUCGGUGUGGCCCGUGAUUGGCCUGAUGCACGGGCAUUGUGGAUAAGUGAGAACAGGAGCCUGGCAAUUUGGAUGAACAUGGAAGAUCAUCUGAAACUGGUUUCUUCCAGAAGUGAUGCCAAUAUUCAGGAGGCUUUUGCAUCCAUAUGCAUCAACCUAGUAAAGUUGGAAGCAAUAUAUAAUAAACUAAGGCACUCGUUUAUCUGGAAGCCUCACCUGGGAUGGGUGGUGAGUUCGCCAGCGGAGGUGGGCACAGGUCUGAAGGCCACCGUCACUGUCAGGCUGAUCCACCUUCCAGAGCACAAAAACCUGAGCUAUAUCCUGGACAGACUGAGACUUCGAAUGGAGGCAGACGACUCGAACGGAUUGUACAAAAUAAGCAACCAACAAACCAUUGGGCUCUCAGAAGUGGAGUUUACACAGCUUGUGGUGGAUGGGGUUAAACUUCUCAUCAGGAUUGAGAAGAGACUGGAGGACAAAGUGGACAUUGAUGACCUGGUGCCUGCACAGAAGUAGAAUCACGACAUGUUCUUUCAAGACUAGUAGUACCGCUGGAAAGUUUUCACAAAGAUAUUUAUAGUUACUGUGUAUCUCAUUGAAACAGUUCUCUAAAAUAAUUUUGUAGUUAUAAUUUGAGCUGAUUCCAAUGUGGACCUUACUGAUCUCUGUAUGUACAGGCUUUCAACUAAAAUGCAUUACACCAAAGCUGAAUUAUCAAAUGGUUGGAAAAACUUGUUUUUCUAUAACAGCUCUGACCUGUAAAGAUUUGUUAAUGUGCUCAUUUAAUAGGUUAUAAUUUGUACAGUAGGAACUUGCACAGGAAAUUAAUGCUGGAUGGUCCACAUAAUCUAACACCAAUAAUCAUUAGAUUUUUAUGUGACAUCAUGUUUGGUUUGUGUAAGUAAAACAUUAACCGAAAAAAUAUUACUGUAAAGAGAUUUAAUGUGAUUUUCGUAUUUAGGUGAAAAUGUUUCCUCUUCUUGUUAGGUUUACCUGCAGUGGGAG